GGGCGGGGGCGCGGGAGGUGGGGCCGCCGUCGCCGUCAAGGCCCCUGGGAGCGCGGGGCGCCGCAGCCGCAGCUCAUCCGCUCGGAUCCGUCUCCGGGGCUGCGCCGGGGCCGGCGGCGGAGCUGAGGGAGCAGGGAGCCGCGCUCUGCCCAGAGUUGGGCAGGGGAGCGCCCGCGCCUCUGCGGCGUCAUGGGCCCCCUCAUCGGGCCACAGCGGCCACCAGCCGCAGAAACCCCCGGGCCUCCUCGCGGCCGAGACUGAGCGACCCUCGGUUCUCGGCGCCCCCUCCCUCCGCCCUAUUUACCCCCCUGCUCUCACUGCCGCUAACCGCUUCAGCUCUCCGUUAUGGCAACGGAGCCACCAUCCCCUCUCCGGCUCGAGGCUCCCGGCCCCCCAGAAAUGCGGACCCCAGCGGCGAGCGAGGCCGCCCCCGAGGGUACCCCGAAGCCGGCUGGCGGCAGGCUCCGCUUCCUCAACGGCUGCGUGCCCCUCUCGCAUCAGGUGGCUGGGCACAUGUACGGGAAGGACAAAGUGGGUAUACUGCAACAUCCAGAUGGCACAGUUUUGAAACAGUUGCAGCCCCCUCCAAGGGGUCCAAGAGAGCUGGAAUUCUAUAAUAUGGUUUAUGCUGCUGACUGUACCGACAGUGUUCUUUUAGAGCUACGAAAAUAUUUGCCAAAAUAUUACGGCAUCUGGUCACCUCCCACUGCACCAAAUGAUUUAUACUUAAAACUGGAAGAUGUGACCCAUAAAUUUAAUAAGCCCUGUAUAAUGGAUGUAAAGAUAGGGCGAAAAAGCUAUGAUCCUUUUGCUUCAUCUGAGAAGAUUCAGCAACAGGUCAGCAAGUACCCAUUAAUGGAAGAGAUUGGGUUCUUGGUGCUUGGCAUGAGGGUUUACCAUGUUCAUUCUGAUAGCUAUGAGACACAAAACCAACACUAUGGAAGAAGCUUAACAAAAGAAACUCUAAAGGAUGGAGUCUCUCGUUUUUUUCAUAAUGGAUUCUGCUUAAGAAAAGAUGCUGUUGCUGCCAGUAUUCAGAAGAUUGAGAAUAUUCUGCAGUGGUUUGAAAGUCAGAAGCAGCUUAACUUUUAUGCAAGUUCAUUACUAUUUGUUUAUGAAGGUUCAUCUCAGCCAACUACUACAAGAUCAAAUGACAGAACUUUGGCAGAAAAGUUUUUGUCCAAAGGACAACUCUCAGACACAGAUGUACUGGAGUACAAUAAUAAUUUUCACAUGUUAAAUUCUACAGCAAAUGGAAAAAUAGAGGCCUCAGUGGGCAAAAGCUUAUCCAAAAUGUAUGCUCGUCACAGAAAAAUGUAUUCAAAAAAGCAUCACAGUCAGACUUCAUUAAAAGUUGAAAAUAUAGAGCAAGACAAUGGGUGGAAAAGCAUGUCACAGGAACACUUAAAUGGAAAUGUACUUUCCCAACUGGAAAAAGUUUUCUACCAUCUUCCCACUGGUUGCCAAGAGAUUGCAGAAGUAGAAGUUCGAAUGAUAGACUUUGCUCAUGUGUUCCCUAGCAACACUGUAGAUGAGGGAUAUGUUUAUGGGCUGAAGCAUUUAAUUACUGUACUGCAGAGUAUUUUAGACAAUUGAAUCCUUUGCUGCAGUCUUUUAAAUGGGCGGGGCAAUCAUAAUGAAGAGCAGCAAUUAAUAUCUCUGCACUCGUAAUGCUAUGUAAAAAAUUUGUAUUGUGAGUCUACGUUUUAUUUGUCUUUAUACUUUUGGUAGAAGGGUUAACUUUUUUAUAACCUUACUCAGGAAAACUAAUUAUUUGUUCAUUAGAAAUCUAUGAAGAAUGAAGAAACUUAGGAAAGUUAAGCAGGGAAUGUGGUGGUACAUGGCUUAAACAUCAUCCAUUUGGCUCAAGCAAAAUGCAAACCAUUAUUCAGUCAUUAUGAGUUUAGUUAGCUUUCUGUAGCCAAUUUAUCAUGAAAUCUGUCCACUCAACUUUGACAAUGAGCCAUAUCUAAGCUUACUGCAUUACUAGACUAGUUUCAAAAAUCUAGAAAGCACAGAUUGAUAUCCUUAGUAUUGCUAUGUAUGAAGUUGUUAAAACUGGAGAAAAUUCUACAGAAAUAAGUACUCUUGAGGUUUUAUAUUAAAAGUUCAGACCAGCAUAUCAAAAGGUGCUUCUUAGUAAAAUGAUUUAAAAUUAUUACAUUCCAAAAGAUUUUCCCUUUAAUUUUCAUUUAUGUACGUAUUUCAGAAUAUCAUACUUCAUGAAAAAGAUACUAGAAACGAACAACAACAACAAAAGUCUUGAAAUUAAGGGCACUGAUAAUCUUGUCAGGGUUAGAAGAAGAGGGAAGUUAUUUGCAGGGAACAAUGUUUUUCUUUUAAGAUCUUUCAUUUAUGGGAAACUUAGAAUAUAUACUUACUACAUUGUGACGAAUAUCACAAACCAUAUAAUAUACCCUUUACUCUGACUGCAGUUUUAAAAAGGUGGAUGAUUAAAGCUAUUAUUUUUCCUUUAAAUAACUUGAGAGUUUUUUUCUCUUAUAACUUGUAUUUUUAUGUCCCCAGUUAGUUAAGCAGUGGUAUGAAUAUAUGUUGCUAAAGAGUGUUCUCAGAAUUCUCAUAAGCAAUGAAGGACAACAUCCAGCAUUCUGAGUGUUACCAAAAAUACCAUGUGUAAUGUAAAACUUCUGUGUGUCUGCAGUGCAUCAUGCAGAGUUUGGUGCAUAUGUAAAUUCAUGCUUCUCUUUCAUUCUUACAAUUUUAUAUCAUAGUCAGAGAUUUAAUUUCGUGGAAUGAGGGCAGUGCUAUUUUUCUUGGAAAAAUUAGGUUUGUAAGUAUUAUCUGUGUUUCACAUCCACCACCUUUUAAAAAAUAACUAGUUAUUUGUUGUUGAAAACAUUUAAAACUUUGAAAUUAAAUUUGCAAAAAUGUCAGAUGUUUAUGUUUUCAUUAUUUGCACUUUGAUUCACUAAUAAAACAUCUAAGUAGUUAACAGUUUUGCCAUAUUCCUGAAAAUUGUUUGAGCUGUGAACUGUUAGACAGUUCCCCCUUUUUAUCCCCCAAAUUAAACUUUUAUUUAUUUAAAAAUUUUUUUGUGUGUCUUUUUGCCAUUUCUUGGGCUGCUCCCACGACAUGUGGAGGUUCCCAGGCUAGGGGUCUAAUCGGAGCUGUAGCUGCCAGCCUAUGCCAGAGCCACAGCAACGCAGUAUCUGAGCCGCGUCUGCGACCUAUACCACAGCUCACGGCAAUGCUGGAUCUUUAAUCCACUGAGCAAGGCCAGGGAUCAAACCUGCAACCCCAUGGUUCCUAGUCAGAUUCGUUAACCACUGAGCCACGACGGGAACUCCCCAAAUUAAACUUUUAAAUUCAUGCUCCUUUUUUUUCUUUUUUUUUGGUGUGAAGCAAAGUAUCACAAUUUUGUGUUUAUCUCAGCUUCCAAACCCUCUCUGAAUGUACUUUCCAAAUAUCUGAGCACAAAGAGAAUACCAAAAGCUGUAUGAAUUCUGUGCUUAGUGAAUUUAUUAAGCCCGAAUACUUUAAAAAUUCAUAUGCAUUUGUUACGGCAAAAUUUGAUUGUUUUCAAUUUUUUAUUUAGAGCCAGUGUAGCUAUUUUCCAUAGGGACUUCGUAUUUUUCCCAACUGCCUAAAUGGGUAUUGCUGUAGCUUUUUUUGGUGGGGUUGAAUUUCAAGUCUUAGAAAUUUUUUUAGUUUUAUUUUUUUUUCUCUUACAAUGUAGACUUUUGUUGUUGUUGUUUUUGUUAUUUGGAUAGUGCUUCAAUAACUCUUCAGCUCAGAUGAUUAAACACUAUUUUGAAUCUUAACAAGACAUUUUUUUUGUAUGGGAUGGUAUCAGCCUAUGUACAAUGAAUUUAAUAAAUUGAAGUAUUAUCAGAUUCUUUGCGCAUUUUAGCUUAAUAAAGUGUGAAUUGGCCAUUCCAGAUUUCCUUUUAUCUAUAUUUGGAAAUAUAGUUUUGUAAAAUCAAUGUCUUUUUUGAUACAAUAGAUAAUGUUUUGUUUUAAUAAAACAAGUGCUUUUAUCUUUUGUUUUUCAGGGAAGGGAUUCACAUUGGUUCUGUUUGUUUACAUUUUUUUUUAAUCACUGUUAUCCAAUCCUAUUUUAUGUUACUUUAUAAGUAAGCUUACAUGUAACAGAAGAAGUAUCUGUUUGUGUUAUCUACAUGUGACCAUUUUAGUAUCUAGUCCAGUCAUUUAACAUUAUGCUGAAAUUUACCACUGUGGGGAUGGAUGAUCACUGUUCACCAAGCAUAUUUAAAACACUUAAAUGUUUAAGAAAUAAUAAUAAGGAUAUAGUUUGGGUUAAUAGGAUUAUCAUAGUUUUUUUCCCCCACUAGGAAACAUAAACAAUGAGUUUAGUGUAUUUCUUAGGGAAUGCACUCGUGAAAGGACUUUAAGAAAUUGUGGAUAGUGAAUAACAUUUCUCUAAUAAAAAUUUAAAUUGUAUAUUAGUUUUAUAAUAAAAGUAUUUACAUUAAUUGAUAUUUUAAUAUGGAUGGAAGUUGCAUAGAUUCAAAUAAAUUAAAAAUUGAUAAAUGCUAAAUAUUUUAUCUAAAUAGUUUUUCAAGAAACAGUUGUGAAAAUGUGUAUAUUAAAUGACUUAACAUGAAGCGUGUGGUAUUUUCAACUCAGUAUUCAUUACUUUAUGUAUCUAGAAAGAUUGUACUUACUAUGCCCUCUUUACACUACAAUUUGCUGUUGUGAGGUUUUAGAUUGUGUUCAACUGAAUAAGAACUUUUAAAAUGAUUAUAAUUUACUCUUAUGAUGUCCAAGAUGAUCUUCGUAUCUCCUUACCACCUAUAUAUCAAAUUUAUAAUGUAACCUACGAUAGAAUUAAUUUUCAGAGAUAUUUCGGUUGCAAUUUUCUUGUUUCAUGCAGCUGAAAACAUUUGUUUCUAGGAUUGGGAAUGUUAAAAGAUGAUGUAGGAUGAAAGAAAAUGGUAAAACAAUGAAAGAAUAUUAUUUGAAAUUUUGGCCACUAUUUAAAGCAUUGUCAUCAUUUUGGUACCAUUUGCUCUUAGUACUUUGGCAUUUGAUACUUUAAAACUUGAUUUGCUUAAAAGUUCUUUAUAAGGCUUUGUAAUAAUCUUCCUUAUCCAGUGCCUUUAACCUUGAUUUGAUAUAUUGUAGCCUUGGUUAUCCUUCUGUUACAUCCUGUAAUGUCUUCAUAGCCUAGACUUAAGUUUAAAAAAAAAUAUUGUUAAUUUGGUCAUGUAAAGAGGUAGUUGUCUAUACUUUGGGAAAACAAGCAAUGUUGCCUAUUUUAACCCCAGGAUAUACAGUUAUGAACCAAUCAGACUAAGCCCUGACCAUUUCCAGCAUUCUGUCUAGAUGGGGUGGGUUCUGGCUUAAUUGAAAUAGAGAUAUGGAGAAAUACAUAUUUAUUUAAAGAUAAUAAAAUUAAUUAGCAUUUGAGUUUGUGUAAAGAUAAGGUAAUUGAGAUAAAGCAACUAACAGUAUGUUAACGAGGUUAAAAAUAAUACUUUGCAGUAUUGUAACCUCUUUUUGGCAUUUGAGUUUAUGGAUAGCAUUAAAAGGCCUUAAUUUUUCACUUUUGCUGGGAAAGGUACAUUUGCUUAGACUGUUCAUUUAGAGUAGUGUUCUUUUUUUUUUUUGUCUUUUGUCUUUUUUUAGGGCCAUACCUGCGGCAUAUGGAGGUUCCCAGGCUGGGGGGUCUAAUUGAAGCUGUUGCUGCUGGCCUAUACCAGAGCCACAGCAACCCCAGAUCCAAGCCUCGUCCGUGACCUAUACUACAGCUCACGGCAAUGCUGGAUCCUUAACCCACUGAGCGAGGCCAGGAAUUGAACCCGCAACCUCAUGUUUCCUAGUCGGAUUCGUUUCCGCUGUGCCAUGCCGGGAAUUCCUAGAGUAUUUUAACGUAAUAUUACUGUGAAAAGCAUUCCAUCACAUAUUCAUGAGCAAAUUGCUACACAUUUUAAAAAUUGUACUUUACAACUUAGUACAAAUAUUUUAGGCCUCAGUCUUCAAAUCACUGAUAUUUUAAAUUUGGCAAUGGAUAUGAAAUUACUUUCAGUCUUACAGAAUGAUUAUAUUGUUAAAAUGCUUGUUAACAUCUUAGGAAGGUUGGAGUUUCCAUCUUUUUGGCGUUAAUGUUUAAAUUUUUUUUACUUAUUUUGAUAGUGUAAGAGGAAAUCGUAUUCAUGCAAUUAAAUUAGUAAAAUUAUACUCUAAAGAAAGUUUUUUAGUUGUUAAAAUUUGUCAUUACUGGGCUUAAAUUUUGGCCUCAUACUCAUUUACAAUAUAUAUUAACACAUUUGAUUAUGAAGUGAAAUAGUCUUAAAUAUGAUGUAUGAUGCACCUGCAUAUAAAUGAAAACGGUGUGCACAAAGACACUUUACUAUGGGAGCUGAACUGGAGGAUUUUUGAAAGCAUGUGAUAUUGCACCUAAAAUUGUGUUCUUAGUGACUAUGCUAAAUUUAUUGUACUUGAUGGAUGAAUGUAUUUAGUCAGAGUUACUUUUGUUUAAAUGUCUAAGCAAUGUCUUUUUUUAAAAUGUAAUUUGUACUAUUGAUGGGGGGUGUUCUUGGACUGCAGGGGUUGUUGUUAAUGUGUGAUUUGUGUUUUUAUUUUAUAGAAUCAUCUAAUGUGAUACAAUGAUUUUUAUAUAAGUGAUAUUUAGAUAAUUCUAAUAACUGUAUAUUUGACACCCUAUUAAAAUGUUUUGCAUUGGC